GCAGUUGACGUGAGACCGAAGAUGGCUGCUGCUGGUCCACCGUCCUCAGUGACCAAUACGUCUAGCAAUAAUGAGGGAAUACUUAUCGGCGAUAAGGUCUACUCCGAAGUUUUCCUUACUAUCGAUAAUUCUCUCAUACCAGAUGAGAGACUUUCACCCACACCCUCCAUGCAGGAUGGCCUCGAUUUACAAACUGAGACAGACCUGCGGAUACUGGGCUGCGAACUCCUACAAUCUGCUGGCAUCCUUCUACGACUACCACAGGUGGCCAUGGGAACCGGACAAGUCCUUUUUCAUAGAUUUUUCUACUCCAAGUCAUUCGUCAAACACAGUUUUGAGAUUGUCGCUAUGGCCUGUAUCUAUUUGGCCUCAAAAAUAGAAGAAGCCCCCAGACGAAUAAGGGAUGUGAUCAAUGUGUUUCAUCACUUGAGGCAGAUAAGAGGAAAAAGAAGCGUGAGCCCGCUGGUACUUGACCAGAACUACAUAAACACCAAAAACCAAGUCAUUAAGGCAGAACGACGCAUCCUGAAGGAGUUGGGAUUCUGUGUCCACGUCAAGCAUCCACACAAGAUCAUCGUCAUGUACCUCCAAUUCCUGGAAUGUGAGAAGAACCAAACGCUGGUCCAGACAGCCUGGAACUACAUGAAUGACUCGUUGCGGACGAAUGUGUUUGUGAGGUUUCCGCCUGAGACCAUCGCCUGUGCCUGUAUUUACCUCGCCGCCAGAGCUCUGCAGAUUGCUCUGCCAACUAAACCACACUGGUACCUGAUCUUCGGAGCCACGGAGGAGGAGAUAAAAGACAUCUGCAUCACCACACUGAAGCUGUAUUCAAGGAAGAAGCCAAACUACGAUCACCUGGAGAAGGAGGUGGAGAAGAGGAAGGUGGCUCUGCAGGAGGCCAAGCUGAAGGCCAAAGGCCUGAACCCCGACGGCACCCCGGCACUCAUCCUGGGCGGGGGCUUCUCCCCCGGCUCCAAGCCAGGUACCCCGAGGGAGGUGAAGCAGGAGGAGAAGUCUCCCAACGUGGCGCCUCUGAAGCCAGUCAAGAAGGAGCCUGAGGAGCGGGCUCAGAGCUCCAAGAGCCCACACAACGGUCUCAGGAAGGAAGGGAAGCUGAGCCACAACAGCAGGAGUGGCAGCCACUCGCGAUCCAGGACAAGAUCCAGAUCCAGAUCACGCUCUCCAAGACGACAUUACAACAACAGACGGAGUCGCUCGGGGACGUACAGCUCGCGCUCGCGGAGCCGCUCCCACAGCCGCAGCCCGGCGUCCCCCGCCCCGCGCCGGCACCAGAACCACGGCCUGGCGCUCUCCCCGCUGCUGCCCCACCUCAAGGCCAAGCAGCGCAGCGACGCCCAGGACUCCAAGACCAGCAGCCGACACGCCCACAAGAGGAAGAGGUCGCGCAGCCGCUCGCGAUCCAACAGCAAGCCCCGCGACCGCGACAGAGAUCGCGAUCGAGACAGGGAGCGCGACCGCGACAGAGAUCGCAUCUCCUCCUCCUCCUCCGACCUGAAGAAGCACAAGCACGAGAGGAGCAGCGGCGGUGGACACCACCGGGACCGCCGAGAGAGGUCCAGAUCGUACGAGCGCUCGCACAAGAGCAAACACCACCACAGCAGCCACUCCAGCCACAGCCGCCACAGACGCUGAGCUGUGGAGUGGAGUGGAGAGGAGAGGCUGUGACCCACCCUACACCCUACUCUCCCCACCUCAUCCCCCUCCCUUCCCAGCCCAGCCCAGCCCUUCCCUGCCCUGCCCUCUUCUUCUUCUGUCUUUUUCUUUUCUUUUAUCUGUGUUGUUUCCACUCGCCCCUUUUCAGUUUUACUACAUGUAGUCUUUUGUGGACUGGGGAGAAACAUAACAGUGUAUAGUUGGUGACAGGCCAAUGUGUUAUGGUGAGUGCUUUGAUUUUUAUAAAGCAAAGAAGGUUUUUCUUUUUUUUCUGUCGGGGAAGGGGAAGAGUUAUCCAUUGAAGAAAUAUUCAGGAAAGACAUCAAGACUUUGCACAGCUCAAAAGAGGAAUACCAGGUCCAGUAAACCUUUUUUUGUUUUUUGUUUCAUGGGGUUUUAUUUUGGACUGACGUGUGUAUAUUUAUAAUACAUACAUAUAUACAGUUGUAAAAAAAAUGCAAAAAAGGUAUUUCUCUAGAAAUAGACAUUUUUUUGUGAACAACUGGAUGCAGACUUGUAAAAAGAACUUUUUGUGUUUUGGAUCGUGGUUUAAAAAAACACUGGUUUUUAGUCUGCAUGUUCAUCUGAUUUUUACUUAAUAAAGUGAUCUAUUCUCAAAUUUC